ACUGCUGUGUGCAGGUCAAGUUUAAGUAAGAGUUUCAUUUUGUCUCUUCUCUUUGUAUUCAAAACACAUCCCCCCAAAACAAACAAAAAAAGAAGAAGACUUACAUAUAUAACACUCUCUGAUCUUAUUUAGUUUUUCAUUUCUGAUUAAAAUUUUCAGUUAAAAAAAUAGUUACGUGCUAAUUAAAAUUAGCGUUACAAUAUUCGUACGCACAGUACGAGGAUAAUGAUGUCGUGUUGUUUCUGCAAACAAACGCAGCCCAUGGUGAGUUGCCACGGCGGGCUGAAUAUUAGCAGCCGGCGGCGGAAAGACAAGGUGGUGAUCGUGAUGGGCGCCACCGGGACGGGGAAGUCCCGGUUGGCCAUCGACCUCGCCACCCGUUUCGUGGCGGAAGUGGUGAAUUCAGACAAAAUGCAAGUGUACAAAGGCCUCGACAUAGUAACCAAUAAGGUGAAGGAGGAGGAGUGCCAAGGCGUGCCCCACCACUUGCUGGGCGUGGUGGACCCGAAUGCGGAUUUCACGGCGGCGGAUUUUUGCCGGCAGGCGCUGCAGGCGGUGGACGCCAUCACCCGGAAGAACCGCCUCGCGAUCAUCGCGGGUGGGUCCAAUUCCUACAUCAAAGCUCUAGUGAAAGACCACGUGGAGUUCCGGGCCAAGUACGAGUGCUUAUUCCUGUGGAUCGACGUGGAAAUGCGGGUCCUGUACGAGUUCGUGUCGGAGCGCGUGGAGAAGAUGGUGGAGGAAGGGUUAAUAGAGGAAGCCCGGGAGUUCUUCGACCCUGCGGGGGACUAUACUCGUGGGAUCAAACGUGCAAUCGGGGUCCCAGAAAUGGACCAAUACUUCAGAAUCAUGGGUGGCGGCGAUGAAAAGAUGAGGCAAGAGGUUUUGGAAACGGGCAUUGAGAACAUAAAAGCCAACACUUGCAAAUUGGCUAGUUGCCAGCUGCAAAAUAUUCUGAGACUCCAAUCCCAAUUGGAGGGUUGGAAUAUUGUCCACCGCCUUGACGCAACGGAAGCGUUCCAAAAACGUGGCGGUUCGGGUGCCGAAGCUUACGAGGCUUGGGAGAGGCUGGUGGCCGCCCCGAGCACUAUGAUCGUCCAUGACUUCAUUUGCCAAGGGCCCACCACCACUUUCCUUGCUCCUCCCACUUCUCCAAAUUCCGUCCUCACCGCCUCUUCCGUUCUCGGAACCGCCGCCGCCGUCGCCACCGCCACCCGUUAAUCAAUUCAACAACACCUUCACUAUAUAUAUAUAUAUAUAUAAGAUGAUAUUCCAAUGAAAAUCCGUGAGAACUUAUAUAUAUAUAUAUAUAGUAAGCAUGGUGGGUCCAAUAAUUUUGAAUAGUAAUUAAGCUUGUAUACGUUUGGGCUUUUAAGAGAGUUUGAAGGUGGGAGGGAAUUGAACUUUUUGGUGUGACUUGGAUGCAUAAGAUUUAGCCACAUGUAAGAACGA